CGGGAGCAGCCGCGACGCAUCAAGGGAGAAGGGCCGUCGUCAUGGAAGAGAGAUCUCGAGACACCGUCGAGGAGGAAGUGGGCGGCGCCGCGUUCUCCGGGGAUGAGUCCGACGGCGAGUUCGAGUUCCCGUUCGUGAGCCGGGAGGCGGACGCCGGGGGCGUGGCUGACGAGCUGUUCGCGGACGGGCGCAUCAGGGCGUUCUACCCGGUGUUCGGCCGUGUGCUGGACGACGUGGCGGUGGCGGCGCCCGCAGCCGCGGCGGCGGAGCGGAGGGCGCCGCUCCGGCGGCUGUUCAUCGAGGAGGGGCGGAACUCGUCCGUGGGGUCGACGGCGUCGUCGUCGUCGUCGUCCACCGACGCGGAGCUCGACGGCGUGUCGCCCGACAGCUACUGCGUCUGGGUGCCCGGGUCGUCGCCGGCGUCCUCGCCCUCGCGGCCGCCGCGGAAGAGCGGGUCGACGGGGUCCAUCGCGCGGUGGCGCCGCAUCAGCGAGCUCGUCGUCGGCCGGAGCCACAGCGACGGCAAGGAGAAGUUCCGCUUCCUCUCCGCGCCGCCGUCCCCGGCCAGGGAGCACUCCAGAUCAAAGCCCACAAAGGGCGCCGUCAAGCCCACCCACACCUACACCGAGCUCGACACCGUCGCCGCCGGCUACAGGAUGUCCUACUCCCCCGCCAGGGCGCCCACCGGCGCCGGCGCGACGCGGCGGACGUUCCUGCCGUACCGUCCGGAUCUCAUGGGCAUCUUCGCCAACGUGAACGGGCUCAGCCGGACUCACCACGGCCCGUUCUGACCUCCCCCUCCGACGCGCCACCGCCGAUCGCCGGACACCGCCGUCAGGGCGAAUGACCACUUCUACUACUCAAACGAAAAAAGCGAGAAAUAGAUUUCAAGUUUGAAUUCUCCGCGAUUUGAAAUUUCGAACCUUUGACUUGAAGCUUACUACAAUUCGAAGUUUGUGUAAAUUAGCGUAGUGUAUAGUUUUGGCUAUUGAAGUCAAAUUUGGUGGCGUGAAGUCAGAGCAGGCGAAAUGCGGCGCUUCGCUUCGUUUUUAUCUUUUUUUUUUUUGGGAUUCGCUGAGGAAUACAGCUCUGCAAGUCAGUCUAUGUGGCAGACAUGUGAAUGUGGUAGGCGAGUAACAAACACACCGGGAAGCUCAGAAAAGGCUUCCAUGUGAUUAUUUGUACCUGUACAUAUGUACAUGUGUAUUAUUGGAUAGGUAGAAUGAUAGUACGUAGUAGUGUAUUGUUUUUUUCCUAAAUAACGGCAAUUUUUUCGUUGGGUUCUGAA